AGAGCUUGGUACAGCCAAGGGUGGCACAGCUGCCCCCAUUUCACUGGCUCCUGGAGUCCGAGGGCAUGGCUGUGGCCCUGAGGCAGGGCCAGGCAUGUAGCUGCCCCACCUGCCCCUCCUGCAGUGCUGUAGGGAAGAGUCAAGUCAGACAGGAAGGCCUGGGGCAGAUAGCACCAGCAGGAAGGAAUGCCAUCCCAGUGAGUGAGUGGGGCCCAGGGGCAACGUCACGGUAGUCCCGCCCUCCUUGCUGUCACAGGUGCAGCCUGUCUUGUCCUUCCCCUGACCAACCCAGCAUCCACACAGUCUACACAGAGUUCCUCUUGCUGCCCAGACAAGCUAAAGGACCACAGGAAAAGCCAUGGAGACUUCAGCAUCCCCCUCCCAGCCUCAAGAUAACAGUCAAGUCCACAGAGAAACAGAAGAUCUGGACUAUGGAGAGACAGAUUUCCACAAGCAAGAUGGGAAGGCUGGACUAUUUUCCCAAGAACAAUAUGAGAGAGACAAGUCUUCUUCCUCCUCCUCCUCUUCCUCCUCAUCCUCUUCUUCCUCCUCCUCCUCCUCAGAGAGCAGCGAUGAAGACCAGCACCCCAGAGCAACCAGAAAACGUCGACGGGGCCUGGGGGCUGGACACCCCCAUGGGAACGGCUCACCCGGUCCUGGGCAUGGGGAGCCUGACGUUUUGAAGGAUGAGCUUCAGCUCUAUGGAGAUGCUCCAGGAGAGGUGGUACCCUCUGGGGAAUCAGGACUCCGAAGGAGAGGCUCUGACCCAGCAAGUGGAGAAGUGGAGGCCUCUCAGUUAAGAAGACUGAAUAUAAAGAAAGAUGAUGAGUUUUUCCAUUUCGUCCUCCUGUGUUUUGCCAUCGGGGCCUUGCUGGUGUGUUAUCACUAUUAUGCAGACUGGUUCAUGUCUCUUGGGGUCGGCCUGCUCACCUUUGCCUCCCUGGAAACCGUUGGCAUCUACUUUGGACUAGUGUACCGCAUCCACAGCAUCCUGCAAGGCUUCAUCCCCCUCUUCCAGAAGUUCAGGCUGACAGGGUUCAGGAAGACUGACUGAGGCCACUGCCAGGCGGGCAGCAGAGGCAGGCCCCACUGUGACCACCACUGCGACACUUGAGCCCACAAGGACAGACCGGCAUUCUGAGAGAUGCGCAGCAGAGCAAGCCAGACCAAUAAAAACGCUUUUCCUUCCA